AUGGCCUACCCUGACAAGCUCUGGCAGGAGACCCCCCUAAUCCGUUCCAUCCACAUUUCCUCGCUCCUCGGAUGCGAUGCAUACCUGAAGCUGGAAAACCUGCAGCCGUCCCAGUCCUUCAAAUAUCGAGGGGUCUCCCACUUUGCCCAACACGUCCUUCGGAUCCAUGGACCUGACGCACACCUUGUGAUCGCUUCAAGCGGGAACGCGGGCAUCGCCGCAGCUUGUGCUGCCAACAUCCUGCAUUUGAUGUGCACGGUGUUCCUGCCCUAUGGCGUAAGUCAGGCGACGAUCGACUUCAUGCGUAAAGAGGGAGCAAAGAUCGACAUUGGCGGCCAAUAUUACCACCAUGCCUUGCAGCGGGCGCAGGCGGCCGUCGCGGCGGAAGCGAAAGCUGUGAUGGUCCCCGGAUACGACCACCCUCUGGUGUGGGAAGGGCACGCGAGCAUGGUGUACGAGAUGAGACAUCAGCUUCCGGACGGCGUGAAACCGGACGCUAUCUUCUGCAGCGUAGGUGGGGGUGGACUUGCAGGUGGGAUCAUAGAAGGCUGCAAAGCCGUCGGAUGGGAUGACGUUCCUCUCGUAACUGCGGAGACGCAUGGCUCAAAUUGCUUCUACCUUUCUCUGGUAGCGUGUCAUCAAGGAUUCUACCGGAAGGCAUUAGCGCCAAAUACAGCGAGGAGCACAAUGUAACACUAGCUCACCUGUCUAAACUGACCUCCCGGGCGACUUCCCUAGGAGCAAUCUACCCUUCGGGUGCGGUUGUGAGGAAAGCGCUCGAUAGAAGCGGAGACGUUAGGAGCUUCUGCGUUCCCGACGAGAUGACGAUGCAAACCGCCUUGUCCUUUGCUGAGGACCACAAGAUGUUGGUGGAGCUCGCCUGUGCUGCAGCGCUCUCGCCAGCUUACAAUCCUCCUUUAUUCCGCAAACUCGUUCCUGGAACCGGCAAGCGAACGACGGUGGUGUUUGUCGUGUGCGGUGGCUCCAAGAUCUCGUUGGCCGAUAUGGAGGAGUACAAAGGAAUAAUUGCCUCCGAAGUAGCAGCCAGCAAGGAAUGGACUGUCGCAUGUAACGGGGAGACGGUCUAGGGAAAGACACGGGUCGGUAUACCCGCCACGGGCACAGGUACGGGUCAGCAGAAGGUGGACCAGAGUGAAAUUCGUACCUGUGGGCGGGUACUCAUGUACCCGAUGUUGCGUACAGGUAGAACAGGUUGUUGAGUAGGUACCGACUUCGGUCCGGGUCCACAGCGCAAACACGACAUGUUCCUUCCUCUUCCUCAAUGUGACCACUGUUCACACGCCGUACCAUUAUGCUCCUGAUGCUCGAGAUCGAGGUAGUCGAGCUUCACCCCCGGGUCCAGGAGGCUGUCCAAGG